UCAAUGUUUUCAUCAAUUCCAAAAGAUCCGCCUUCUCAAAACACAAGCCCUUUCAGGCUAACGCUCCUUUCCCCAUCAAGAAAACCCCAAAACACAUUUUUUUUACGGCGAAUCUUUGCGUUUUUCCGGUCACUUACAGAUGGACUUGAUCGGUAAGAACUCCCGGGCGGGGACACCAGUGAAAGAACCACAUGGGCCUCGAUCAAAGAUUCAUGAAAAUCCCAAGCUUGCGGAGAAUUUGAAUCCCAAUGUCUCUCAUUCAAGCCCUGGUCCUAGAUCCGCGAGCUCCCCAAUUAUCAAGUCAGCGAAGGCGAAAAAAUCAGCAGCGAAGAACCCAAAUCCGGUCCCAUACUCUCCACGUAACAAGAUUCGGGAGAGAAAGUUCGUGGUGGCGAAAAAGAAUUCCAAGAAGGAGAAUUUGGGGUCGAAGUUCGAGUGUAAGUGCAAAGAGAAGGCUGGUGGCGGAAAUAUCACGAAGUGUUUGUGUAUGGCCUACGAGAAUCUGAGGGCAUCCCAGGAAGAGUUUUUCAAGGCUCGAAGCAAAGAGAUUGGGGAAUCGGAUCAGUUGCAGGCUUCUGAUAGAGCUGAGACUGAACUUGAAGAGGAAAUAGAGAAGGGCUUGAUGCUCCAAGAUCUGAAAACAGGAGAUGAGCAUGAAGGGCAGGUGGAUGAAAAUGAUUUCAUUUCGGGGAAUGAGCCAGACGGUCAAGUAGGUAGUUCAUCGGCUAAGAGAAGGAGGGACAAGUUAUUGGAAGAAGCAAGGAAAAGUGUGCCUGAAUCUGGGUCUGGCAAGGUGAAGCAUUUGGUGAAGGCCUUCGAGAAGCUUCUUUCAAUACCAAGUUCGAAGGACUCGGAUGAGAAGGAUGAGAAAGAAGCAGAAGAGACUGAGAAGAAGGCAAUGAAAUGGGCUUUACCAGGAUUGCAGUGUCCUAAGGUUCCUGAGACACGGGUUUCGUCUUCUUCUUUCUGUCCAUCAGAGAUGUUCUUGACAUCAGAGAAUCUUGGUUUAGAUUCGCGGUUUUCAGUUUCAUCUUCGUGGGAUAGUAGCCAGGGAAGCAUUUCAGGCAGGAAUUCUAAUGGGGGCCGUCGGAAUCGAAGAAAUAGCUCUGAAUCUUCUGGUACAAUGGGUGGAAGUAGAUGGAAGAAGAAGCAGCUCAAGGUCACCAGCCAAAAACCGUUCAAGCUAAGGACAGAGCAAAGAGGAAGACUGAAGGAGGAGGAAUUUAUGAAGAAGUUACAAGAAAUGGUGACAGAGGAGGAGAGGCAGCGGAUACCAAUUGCACAAGGUCUACCAUGGACAACGGAUGAACCAGAGUGCUUGAUAAAGCCUCCAGUGAAGGAGAACACAAGGCCAGUAGACUUGAAGCUUUACAGUGAUCUGCGAGCAGUAGAACGUGCUGAGUUUGACCAUCAGGUAGCAGAGAAGAUGAGCCUGAUUGAGCAAUACAAGAUGGAAAGAGAAAGACGGCAGAAGAUGGCAGAAGAAGAAGAAAUAAGAAGGUUGAGAAAGGAGCUCGUUCCCAAAGCACAGCCUAUGCCCUAUUUUGACAGACCCUUCAUUCCCAGAAGAUCGAUGAAGCAUCCAACUGUACCUAGAGAACCAAAGUUCCACAUACCACAACAGAAGAAGAUCAAGUGCUGUCUGUCGUGGGAUGAGCUCAGUACCUACACUUACCAAGAUUAAAGUACAAUAUAGUUUUAUUGUCAUCAGUUACUAAAUAAUCAUAUUCUUUCUUUCUUUUUUCAAGUUUGUAUAUGAAGCAACCAAUUUAGUUGCAAUUUUGAUGCCCUUUGUGUGAGAUUAUUUCUAUUACCCCUUUCCUUCUCUUGUUUUAAAUUUUCAAAAAAGUAAUAAAUGGAACGAUGACAAUAC